CAAUAGCCUGGGACGGUCUGCACUGAAGGAACUUUCUAGGGCCUUCUGUGAUCCCAAAUGCCAGAUUCAAAUGCUGAACCUCAGCCACAAUGACCUCCAUAGUCAGGACAUGGAGUUCAUCAAGGGUGUGCUUUCAGGAUCAAAUGUGAAUCUGAAAAUCCUGGACCUCAGUGACAAUCAUCUAGAAGACGAAGGAGUAAAAAUCCUCUCGGCUGGGCUGCGGAGUGCUAAGUGUCAUCUUGAAGUUCUGAAACUCUCAGGCUGUCAGAUUAAAGAAGGAGUUUUGAAGUUGCUGUCGUCUUUGAAAGCCAGUCUGAGAGAACUGGACCUGCAGUAUAAUGACCUUGGAAACAUCAUGGAAAAGAAAGUGUGUCUACUGAAGGAUAAGCUGCCCUCACUGAGAAUUUACACUGGGGGAGUCUGCAAUCACCAACCAGGACUGUACAAAUAUGCUGUCACACUCACCUUUGACUCUCAGACGGCUAACGAAUACCUCUGUCUGAGCGAGAACAACACAGUAGCUGUUCGUAAGAGAGAGAGGCAACAGCUUCCUGCUAAUGACGAAAGAUUUGACAAGUGCAACCAGGUCCUGUGCUGCCAGCCGCUGUCAGGACGUUGCUUCUUUACGGUGGAUGUGAGCGGGACAGGUGUGCACAUGGGUGUGGCCUGUAAGGGAAUUAAGAGGAAAGGUGCAAAUAACACCGUACGUCUGGGACGCAAUAAGAUGUCGUGGUGUUUAUGUUGCUCAAAAAAUUUAUGUGUGGCUCAUGACAAAAAAACUGAAUCACUAACUAAACCACUUCAAACUGAGUCCACCAGAAAACUCGGUGUGUUCCUGGACCGUGAGGCUGGUUCUGUUUUCUUCUAUAGGUUGAACCUAAACUCAGAGCCUGAACUCUUGCACAUGUUUGAUGCAGAGUUUCCUCAGGACCAGGAACUUUACGCUGCGUUCAGUAUUCAGGAACCAGACAGCUCAGUCUGUUUAAGGCAAGCAUCACUAUAACUAUACCUUUACAGUUACGGUUUGUGCUCCAGACAUGAAUGAUGCCUCAAAUUAGGCGAGUGUGAUCAGACAUACAGUAUACACCUGGCAGACCUAUUGAAAGCAACCAGCUAGGAUAACCACCUAGAAGAUCAGCAAGUGUUGAAACAUAAAUUCAUCAUCAUUAUUGUGCGCUUUAUAAACACUAAACAACAGUACUAUGGCAUUCUUGUGUUACAUUUGAGUUAAAAUGUCUUUAGUUUUGUAUAUCUCCAUGUAACUGGUUUCAUUUAAUCAAAAAUAAAGGUUUAGUCAUUGGA